CGGCGCGCUGCGCGUCUCGCGUCGAGUGUGCAGGAACGCGCGCUUACCGCGGAUUUGAUCAGCAGCUCUAAUGUGUAGAGGGUGAAUACAAACGGGGGUGUGGUUUAGAUCAAUAACUACCUCAGCCUACAAUAAAAUAAAAAAUACUGCAAAGCACUCCGAGGGCAGAGAGGCGGUGUCGGAUCAGAUCCGGAGCACAGGGUCGCUUCUGUGGAAUAUAUUUCGUUUUAUUCGCUUUAUUGAGAUAAUGACACUUUGUGGACGCCGAUUCUCCAGUCGAGGCUUUCAGACGCAUACAGUUGGUCGAGGAUGAGGAGGAGGAAGAGAAGUUCUCCGUGAACUGGCGUUUUAUCACACUAUGGGAUGGAUAGUACAUUUCUGUGAAUGGUUAAGUGGUCUGAAUUUGGAAAACUCAACCCUCAUAGACUAACGUGUAGGUUCCCUGCAGCGCGGUGUAUUUAGAUCUACAGUCAUUGACUUACAUAAGAGCGCUUUGUGUGAGGAAUUGCGCAAAGAAAUCCCAACGUUUAACGCGUGAAGGAAUGGACCCAGAGCUGUGAACAUAGAGGACAAAGGAUCUUCUCUUGAUAUAGAAAAAGUGUUUAUUUUUAUUGUUAACCUGGAUGAAAUGUACACUGAUGGAACAUACAGCAAAGGACACACCUAGCAAUGUUGUCUCUGAAAGAUCAUUACCCUAGUAAUUAGGAUCUGCCAGUCAUCCCUGAGGCUCACUGGGAUUAAUUUAGCUCUACUGUUGGAAAAAGGAGAAACUUCGGAGUUGCUCUGAAAGCACUAAAUGAGUGACACAAGGUGUACCACCACUACAAAAGGCGUACACAACACUCUGCAAGACAGAAACAUGUUCACAGUACAAGCAGAUGUCAUAUUUCAUGCAGCAAAUCCUGACUCUCCAGAAUCACCUAUCCCAGGUGAAGGGAAUAACAACAAUGUCCCAUCUAUGGGGAAAACAGGCAUCCCCAGCAUGGAAAUAUUGCAGGGUCUCCCAGGUACAUGGGACACGUCAGAAUCAGGAGGAUUAACUGAUAGGAGUUUGGGAAACUAUGGCACAGUGACAGGUGCAGAAUACGCACAAGAUGCUGUCUCUAGUGACAGUGGAUUUCAAGAGCACAUACAGCCUCUGGACUCAUCGAGAGCACAAAAUCUGGACCUCAGUUUGAGAAAUACGAGUGAAGCUUCAAGUCAAGGAAACGUUAGAGAAGAAAUGAAUGGAACAAAGGUAGCUUCCAGUUUCAGACCAGACAACAAGGAGGAAAUUGACAAAUUGUCCAAUGUCCUAAGAGACGGUGAGGUGGCUCAGAAUCAGUUCGACAUUAAAAAUGUCUCCUCCACAUCAAAGGACAGAAAUAAUUCCUAUCCAAGCUCUCAAGAAACGAGGUCACUUGAAAAAACCCUGGGAUGCUUUAUAAGUUCCUCUGAAGGAGCAGAUCAUACCCGCUACAGAACAUCGUUUGGACAGACUGGGCUGGAAUCGAGCCCAGGGCUAAAGCAAACUGGAUCUGCAGUACGAGAAGCUCUGUCUGCAAAAGAAGAGCCGAAUUUAGUCAUAGAGGUGGGUGGACAGAAAAUACAAGCACACAAAUCAGUCCUAGCUGAAAAAAGUGAUUAUUUCAAGGCUAGGCUUUCUCGAGACAUCCUGAAGGUGAAAGGAAUGAGCUAUAAGACCUUAUCAGUGCUUGUAGAUUAUGUUUACUCCUCCCAGAUGAAUGUAAGCAAAGACAACAUUGUGGAUGUCAUCACAGGAGCAAAGAUCCUGCAGAUGCCCUGUGCGGUACAAGCCGCUAUCGACACCAUAUCCACACAGAUCAAGCCCGAGAACUGCUAUGAAAUUCUAACGAUCGCCAAAAAGCAGCGGCUGAAUGAACUGAAAGAAACAGCCUAUCGUUUCAUGAGUGACAACUUUCUCCAAGUUCUGAGAGAUCCGGCAGUCUACGGACGUCUUACAGGCUCAGAGAGAGAUCUUAUACUCCGCAAACGGACGGAGAGCCGCCAAAGUCUGAUGGUGGCGGAAAUCAACGACGUGUUUGAGCGCGUAGGAAGUCGACCGCCCAGCAGAAACAGCAGCCGUCCCCAGAGUCCACUCUCCAUCACGUCUUUCGAGGACAAUCACAUGAUCUACUACUAUAAUAAAAGCACUAAAGACUGGCACACCCUGACCGUCAUGCCCGAAGACAUCAACACCAGAGGCUGCGGUAUCUGUACCAUGUACAACUACUUGUUUGUGGCUGGCGGGAUCAGGGGGACUGGGGAGAAAAGCAAAGUCUCGGACAAAGUAUUCUGCUACAAUCCCAUCACGGACCGCUGGAGCGAAGUCCGACCAAUGAACCAAGCACGAUCGCAACUUAAACUCGUCUCCAUGGACGGGAACUUGUACGCCAUUGGCGGGGAAUGUCUUUUCACGGUGGAGAAGUAUGACCCUCGAAUGGACCGCUGGACGGCGGUGGCUCCUCUACCUAAAGGAGCAUUUGCGGUGGCCCACGAAGCCACUACGUGUAACGGCGAGCUGUACGUCUCGGGAGGGUCUCUGUUCUAUCGGUUGCUGAAGUACGACCCCAAGAGAGAUGAAUGGCAGGAGUGUCCAUACAACAACAGCAGGAAGAAAUCCACAGACAUGGUGGCUCUCAAGAGCUUCAUCUACCGGUUUGAUGUAAACCGUGAGCAGGGCAUCAGCGUCUUUAAGUACAACACCAUCGUCAAGAUGUGGCACGACUGCGCCUCCCAGCAGCAGGGCUGCACGCUGCCGUUUCGAUGCGCCGUCAUCGAUAAUUGCAUCUACUGUGUGAAUAAAUCUCAGACUCUUCAAUUUAUCGUAGAAGAGGAUGGAGGUCGAUUCAAAGACGAGUCUCUGAAAGCACCUGUGGAGGCCAAAGGGAUCCUGUUCCCCUUCGUUCUCAGCUUGCCUGAGAGAGGUGGAAGAGUUGCAUGAGUAGGAUAUUUCAUCCUUCGGAUGACCCUUCGGAGUCGCUCCAGACCUGGAGAAAGAGAAUGCCUGGUCAAUAUUUAUAGAUUAAACACUAUCUCCAGAGAAGUUCAAGGAGCCAGCACGUAGUGCUUGAAACUGGAAUGUGUUUCUUUGCAUGGUAAAAACAACAUGUGAAACAAAUGUAUGUUUGGCGCCUUAAAACCACAGCUCCACUAUUCAACUUUAGGAGAUGAAGAAGUUGUACAUUUAUAGCUCGUUUGUGCAGUCUCUUCAUUUGUCUUGUGCACUUAGUUUUGGAUAGUAAUUUAGGUUGAACUUUGCUGCUGGAAUUUGCAAAAAACCCCUAAAAAUUCUUUCGUAUAACAGAUAGUUUACACUACACAGACAGCCCUGACCAACAUAAUGAGAACAGAAUGAGAAAGGGUAAAACCCUGAUCCCAUUAAACUCAACAGACUUCUCUGUUGCAGUUGAUCAGCUUCUGUUGGUGUAUUGUGAAUUAGCCUUAAAAUGGCAAUGAAGAGCACAAAUGAACAACUGAAGCACAUGUUAUAAUGUGACCCUGUUUCCUAGUAACAGAUUCUAUGCAAAUAGAUUUUGAAGUAAAAAUUAUACAUUUUUUGAACUACAUCAAAAAGCCUGUAAAAACUAGCUCAAUUCUAGAACUUUUAAUACAGCAGGGGUCAAAAACAAAUGUCCUGAAGCAGCUGAGGGAGAAGCCAUAACCUUUGCUAACAUUAGAGCAACAAUAGGGAAACAUUAAGAGCACAAAGCACUUGACUUCUGUAACUGCUGCUACUCAAAUAUUACUGGAUCACACAGGUGUAAAAUUCAUCCCAGUGCAUCUCGACAGCACACUCAGAAGCUCAGUUAGCUCUGAGAGCCUUUUGGGUGAGAUUUUAGCACUUGCAUUGGGAAAGUCCAGAAGGCAAAAAAAAAAAAAAUAUGCCCGUUUCUUAUUUCUGAAUCAUUGCCAAAGAUAAAAGUUGGUAUUGUGCAGGCAGACAAACAUUGAUUAAAUUACAUUCUCAUAAGCAAUACAUUAUUUGCAAUAUGUAUUAAUCAUCAGUGUUUUAGGAAUUAAUAUCAUACUGUCAAUUAAGUCUGCUGUUUACAAUUACUGAAGACUACAAUUACAGUUCAACACAAUAACGUUUAUCCCUAAUACACACACUUUAGAUUCUCAGACAUCCGAGAUCUUCAACAGAAUGGAAAAAUAGUGUCGUUAUUGUGUUGACUUUUUAAUGGAAUUAUGCCGAACCCAUCAAAUAAUUCAGAACAUUCAUAUGGUCCAUAGCAUGUAACAAGGCAUUUACAAUGUAAUUUAUAACUUGGAUGUUGCAUUCUGUGUAGACGCCAUGUGGUAUUUAGCAUCCAGGAGUAUUUUACCGAGAUAUAAAUGUUCAUGCUUCAGUAUUCCCCUUGACAUUUCUGAACGGAUAAUGUGAGAUGAAUAGGUUUGAGGAUGUGGAUUUUAUUAAUGUUUCUUUAGUGUAAUUCUGCUGAAAUAAACUUAAAGGAAUUUGAAUAUGAAUGUUAGUAUGAUUAUGUCAAACUUGAAUGUUGACUUUAUAUUUUCUGAAUCAACCCCAUGUGCUUUAAUCACUUUUAAUGAAGCUGGACAAACAGCACAAUUCCAGUAAACAUCUAAAUCAAAAUCUGACCAGUAAACCCCUCCUACAUUGCAGUGGAUGGUUCUCUAAGCAUUUAGAAGGGAUAAAACUUCUGUCUGGGUCUUUUUAUUUAAAUAUUGGCUGAUAAUUGGAAAACUCUUCAAACAUUCAGAUUAAAGUGUCUGUGAAACUGGUCAUAUGGUGGUGUGAUUGGGGCAUUGCUUGCUGGUUGCUGAUGUGUAUAAAGCUAGUUUGCUUUUAAAUCAAAUGGCUCUGUGUCAGUUUAACAUCUCACAAACUAAUGUUUUUGUGUUUACAAUAAAAUAUCUUUUGGUUUCCUGAUUCA